AUGCGUUCCGACACCGCUUCCGCUCUCGGCCUUUUGGCCGGCCUCAUCACCACCACCGCCGCCCGGCCUGACCUCCGGUAUCAACAGAUUCGACGACAGAACGCUCAGGAUUGUCUGGAGGACUUGGAGGAUAUCUUGGACGACGCGCCGACGACAUCGCUAUGGCCUGCGACAGCCUGCGACUUCACAUCGACCCUCUCAGGGGCCGAGCUCACAACCAGCUAUGCGUCAUUCAGGAUCCUCGUCAACAACAUCCGCAUCGGCAACGGCGACGGCGGCAACCACCACAGCAGGAUCGUCGACGGCUAG